AUGAAGUUACUAGCUCUCUUAGCAUUAGCUGCCUCGGUGUCUGGGUUCUCUCUUGGGAACCUCAAAGACGUUCAAUCCCCACUCCUUAACGCUGCUGGUGCCGGUUCGGACGCAGAAGUCCUCGCUGGUCUCAAAUUUCAAUUCCCAUCGGAAAUGCAAUCACUUUCCAAGGAAAACCAAGAAUUGAUGAUCGAAAGCUGGGCUCAAUUGCAAAAUGAACACUCCUUAGACAAAUUGCAAAGCAAGGUUACUCAAUACUUGAAACUGAGAAAACCUGUUUCUUCUAAAAAUUUAAACAAUAAACUUAAGAAUUUUGAGACUUUCUCCGCUAGUGUUAACAACUUCGAGAUUUUCACCUCAUCCGACUCCAAGUUCGACAACUAUGCACUUAGAGUUAAAGAAAACUCGCCAGAAAUCUUGGGUUUAGAUUCGGUCAAGCAAUUUACUGGUUACUUAGAUAUUAAAGAUGUUGACAAGCAUUUCUUCUAUUGGUUUUUCGAAUCCAGAAAUGACCCAGAAAACGAUCCUGUCAUUCUUUGGCUCAAUGGUGGACCAGGCUGCUCUUCCUCCACUGGGUUGUUCUUCGAGUUAGGUCCUUCCCUGAUUAAUGCGGAAUUGCGUCCUGUAUACAACCCAUACUCCUGGAACACCAAUGCUUCAGUUAUCUUUUUGGACCAGCCUGUCGGAGUUGGCUACAGUUAUACUGGAGGAGAAGAGGUCAAAAAUACCGCCACUGCUGCCAAAGAUACCUAUGUCUUCUUAGAAUUAUUCUUUCAAAAGUUUCCACAGUUCCUUAAGAAUAAAUUCCACAUUGCUGGAGAACUGUAUGCAGGCCACUAUAUUCCCCAAUUUGCAAGUGAAAUCAUAAACCAGGCUGACAGGUCUUUUGAAUUAAGUUCCGUGUUGAUCGGAAAUGGUAUCACCGACUCCUUAAUCCAAUAUGCUUACUACAGGCCAAUGGCAUGUGGGGAAGGUGGAUACCCACAGGUGAUUACCGACGAAGAAUGUGACAGGAUGGAUUCGCAAUAUCCAAAAUGUAAGCUUUUGACUCAACUCUGUUACAAAAGCCCCUCCGCCUUAACAUGUGUUCCAUCUACCGUAUACUGCGAAGGUAUGAUGAAGCCAUAUGAGGAUACUGGAUUGAAUCCAUACGAUAUUCGUAGAAAAUGUGAAGAUGAGGGUGGUAACUGUUACGUGGAAAUGGACUACAUGGAUGAUUACUUGAAUUCAGAAUUCGUCAAAAAUGCAGUAGGUGCUUCAAAUAUCGACAUUUUCACCCUGUGUGAUGACACUGUCUUUAGAAACUUCAUUUUAGACGGUGAUGAAACUAAACCUUUCCAACAAUUUGUAGCAGAAUUGUUAGAGAAUGAUGUCCCAGUCUUACUAUAUGCAGGAGACAAAGACUACAUUUGCAACUGGUUAGGUAACCAUGCAUGGAGUGAUGCAUUGGAAUACAGCAACCAUGAACAGUUUGCUAGUGAAAAGUUGAAGGAUUGGGUAACCUUGGCCGGCAAGAAAGCUGGAGAAGUGAAGAACUAUGGUAUCUUCACAUUCCUUCGAAUUUACGAUGCUGGACACAUGGUUCCAUAUGACCAGCCAGAAAAUGCCUUAGAUAUGGUGAACAGAUGGAUCAGUGGAGAUUAUGCCUUCAGCAAGACCAAAUAA